CACAAGUGCGCCAGGCCUACAAUCAGAAUAAGACGCCACAGAAGCAGCCUCGAGCUGUAAGUGCUAAUACCCGCCAGUCUUGCCUUUCAAGGUCAGCUGAUAUGAAGGCUGCAGUGACAAAACAGCAGGGCCCUGGAGGGAAGCUAACCUUCCGGAGAGUAAGUGAGGGAAAGCCUAUAUCCAGCCCUCCUUUGGCUAGGAGAUUGGGAGCCGAGGCAGGCCGCAGUGCAGCCAGUGGGGGCAGGCCAAGCUCUGCUACUAAUACAUUUUACCGCUCACAUUCUUCUUUAGGAACGACGGGGCGAGGUCUUGUACGAGCCCACAGCAGCCUUACAGACACACGUACGGGCAAACCUCAUGGAGGAAACUCCCAUAUUAAUAAUGGUUUAGGGAAUCAGGAGCGUGCAGCAUCAAAUUCAUCUUUGUCAAGCAGCACAUCUUCGAGUGGGCAGUCGUGGGCAGAUAAAGUGCGCGGGGCUCCCUUGUCCUUGCAGUCAUCACAACUUUCUCUCCAAGACGACGGCGAAGGCUGGGAGGUCGUGCGGCGAGGGCGGAGGAGCCACGGAGGCAGCGCCAUCUCCCUCAGCAGCAGCAAUAACAACCAUCACCCCAAUGGUGCUAGUUUGUCGAGAGACAAGCGUAGUGGUAGUUUGAAAAAUGAUGGUCACCACGGAAGCGGAAUAAAGAACCGGUUCCACAUGCCCAGCUCCGCCAUGUCCAUGCCUUCCCUAGCCGUGAGCGAGAGCAAGGAGGAGAAGGACUCGCAGGAAUCCAAAGGGGAAGCGGCGCCAGCGAAGAACGCCGCCACAAGUGCCUCCUGCCAGAAGGAUCAAAAGAGUUCUGCGGGGAAGAAGUCGAAGAGCCAGGGCAGCUUGGUUCCUGCCGAGGGCGAAGACGCGGCGGCGGCAAAGUCUCCGGACAAGAGAAAGGGCUCGGCGCUCGAGCAGAGUUCCUCCCGGAAGUCCUUGGGCAGAAGGAACAGGGGGAGCACGAAGAGCGCCGAGGAGCUCACCAAGAGAAACGGGAGUCAGAGGGAGGGCAGAGCGGAGCACUCGCGAGCCCUGAGUGCAGACGCUGGAGACAAGAAGCCUCGCGAGAGCAGCAGAGGGGAGUCCAGUGGGAGUCCAGCAGAGUGCGAGAUGAAGGUCUUCCAAAACGGAACUCUCGACGGGGAAGACCCUGCGGAGGCGGAUAGGCGGGAGUUCUCCGUAGCCGACCGACUCAGCGAGCAGACCGCUGAGCCAGUGAGCCACCUGUGCGACCCGUCCAUCCCCGAAACGUCCGAGACGAGCGACGCUGACGACGACGAGAGGAGGGACGUGGGCGAAGGCGCGAGGAAUGCGGCGAACAAGUUGGGAACGGGAGAGGGAGUGAGUGCCGCGUCGGAACAUGACCUGUUGCAGACGGAGCAAGAAAACAGGAACUACGACAGCGACAGCAUAAUGGACGAGGAGGAAAUGCGCUGCAAUGCCGCCGCCCUUGAAACAGCUGUGCAGGAGGAGCAGUGGCUGAAGAAGCAAAUCGAAGAGACGGAGAAAGCAGAGAUUCAGGUGGAGGACGUGGAGUGCGAGGAGGAGGGCAGCGAGGCCUCGGAGGCGCCGGAGGGCGGCGCCACCUCGCCCGUCACGCCCACCAUCGACACCAUUCUGUCCUCGCUUAGUUGGGCCGACCAGGUUGAUGCCAUGGAGUCACUGGAGGAGUUGCGCCAUCCUGGGAGAGUUUUGCACAUCCACGAGAAGCUGUCAUCGCCCUCAAGGAAACGCUCCCUGUCUGAAAAAAUGAGGCGCCACGAGGAGAAGUUGGCCAAAGCUCAGGAAUUACGGGAGAAGCUUAUUCAGGCUAAAACUGAUAAGCUUAAAGAUUUAUUCAAGAAGAUUGAAGAAGUCCGUCAAGAUAAGGAACUGCUUCUGGGUGAGAAGAGAGAUCUGUUCCAACGAAAGAUGAAAAGAGCCGAAGAGAAGAGACGACAGCACUUGCAGGAGAUCAUAAACAAAGCUCAUGAUGAGGAAAAUAAAGCAAAGGAAAUUGCUUUCAUUAAUGGGCUAGAAGCUAAGAAUAAGUUGCAUGACAUUAUGCAACAACAUCAGAGCCAUGAAUCUCGUUUGGCUGACAUGGCUGAGGAGAGAACAAGAAGACAGGAAGAAAAGGCGGCAAAGGAAAUGGCAGCUCAGGAGAGAAGGAAAGCUCUUGAAGCAGAGAGACAGGCUCGUAUGGCUGAACUUUGUGAGAAGCGGAGAAGACGAUGUGAGCGCAUAGACAGGAGACAGGCUGAACGGCGAGAGGAGUUGCUGGAACAAGCGAGGGAGAAAGCAAGAGACCGAGAGGAGAGAUUGACUGCACUUCAGCAAGGAUGCACUGUACAGAAAGUCAUAUAG